AAACGCAUACCCACUGCGUCUGCCAACCACCUCCAUUCCGUCCCGGGACACGAACGGAAGAAAAAGAAAAGAAAACAUGGAUUUCGGCCGGCUGGGGCUUUCUCGUGGAGGCGUCAAACUCGACGCAAAUGCUGCUUGGUCCUUGGUCUUUGGGGCGGCGGGCAUACAAUGUGACUGCUCAUAUCCGUCCUCCAUCUGCAUAUGCAUCUUCGCGGCUUUCGCAAUACCGUUCUGGUUAUGCUUGCGAAGAGCCCGCCAUUCAUCGUCGUCAAUCUAGGGUUAGACUGACAGGAUCCCGAGCUGCUCCACGGGCUCGCGCCGGAAUACAUCCUGCAGACCCGGCCCCGACCAGUCGUCAAGGAAAGAAGACCAAAAGUGGCCAUGCAUUGCAGAAAGCAAGCCGGGUGAACUUUCCAGCGCAGCGGACUCUCGCCAAUGAGUGGUUUCGCAAGCCGUGUAAUGGAUGCUGGACACGGCGGCUGCAGCUUCGACAAGGUAUAUAUCUUCAUGCUUCCCAAUACCGUCCGAUCUGCAUAUUUUUUGCUCUUCGCAUCAAGCUGGUGCACUAUGAUCGAGCGUAGCGCAUUCUGUCACGAUCGAGAGACGAAUGAUGUGUAGUUUUGUCGAGGGUCACAUGAUCAUGAUGAACUGCUCAACAUCAACAACCAUCGUCUUUGCCCACAAACCUGAAAUGCCACAA